UUCCAAUUCCAAGGGAUUGCAUCUACUUGGAUUGCAUUUUAUUAACAUUUCUUUGCCAAAAAAGCUGCCGUUUUAAACGGAAAAGUUAUCUAAUUUGGCAAUUUCUUCGUGUUCAAUAUGGUUGCGAUGGAAGUUGAGCUGUCAGAUGAAGAAUAUUUGGUCAACAGGGCGAAAGAAGAGUUAAAAAGAGACUCUCAUGCUGCACGGGCAUGGAUGUUAACGGCAAAAAGUUUAUUUCCAAAUAAUUUCAGUGUUCAGUUUGAGGUUUACAACAUUGAAAAAGCGUUGAAACACGUCAAAGAAGCUGCUUUGUGUUUUAGCACACUAUUCCAGCAAUUUGGCCAAGAACCAUUGAUCUGGCAGGAAGUUCAAGCCCUCACGAAGCCAAACAACAACGAUCCGGAGGCAUCUUUUUUGCAGGACAUGUUUUCACACAUUCCUCAAGAGGUUCAACAAAGUGUACUUGUAGCCACAGCAGACAGAACAGAGGACAAAAUGGAGCAGUGCAGAAUUUUACUUCUGCUUCUCAAGAAAUUCCCUCACACAGCACCUCACCAUGCUCCUAAAUUGGUAGAACUGCUCUUGGACGCAGAAAAGCGAGAGAAACCUGGAUUCAUAAACUCCUAUCAAAAAUUCUUAGUAGUCCAGGUUUUACCUAUAAUUGGUGAAAACAGCAGCAUCAUGCUUUCGCAAAUGCUCGUCUUCAAACUCCUGCACAAAGCAAUAGAUUUGUAUUGCACAUUACUUUUGCAUCCGAGCAGGGAACACAACCUUACGGACGAGGAAAGGGAAGUAGCAGGGUCGAUCGCAGACCCCUGGGAAGGACUUUUCUCCGUUCAAGAGUCUCUAGGCCACAAACUUGGUUGGAACUUGAGCACACCUUCACCCAUGGGAAGUAACAAAGAGAUCUACUUCCAAAAGCUCAGGCAUUUUGCGCAGUCAAGAUCACUUGAUGCGAACCAAAUUAAGGAGCUUGUCUACUGCAGCACCACAUUCCUCUUGCUUUGCCUCUAUGAAUACUCAACUUAUUUGUCGACCACGAUAGGGUCCAACGGAUCAUCGCAGGAAGCUUCUUUACUUCUUGUUGAAGCUUUCCUUGGGGAAACAUAUGACGUGGGUCCUUCGUCUGCAAAGAGGCCACGGGUCAGGUCAACAGAGGAGGAGCUGCAUGGACUGCCAACACUGACUGUCAGUUCUAGUGGAUCUAACAACGCCAAACAGUCUUUGGUCCAAAUCUUUUGGUUGGCUGUCAAAACUUGGGACAUGCUCAAUUCUGCUGAGACCUUCAAAAAAGAGUUUGUCAAAUUGAAGCUACAGUUGCGAUUGGCUGAGGGACCGUGGCUGUACACAUUUUUGCAAGACAAGGCCAUGCUGCAAGGGCAACCAUUCCCAAAUGAAGAAUUUGCUGUCGCACCUCCCAUCGUUGCCCUGCCGAAUUUACUUCGUCUGGCAAGCACUGCCUUUAUACGAGGACACUUCGUGAAAGCCAGUGAGUUUGUCAUGAAUGCAGUCAGUUGUUUGCCAGCAAGUCCGAUAGGCCAGCUGUCUUUUGGACUAAGGACUGCUGCUCCCUCUGGCCGACACUUGCACUACCUGGCCCUCAGCAGAGUGGAGGUUCUCCAAUAUUGCACAAAACUACUCACUUCUUGCUUGCAGCAAAUAAUUCAGAGCCCCUCAGGAGAGGCAGCAUUAGGACACUGUCUGGUUCUUCUUCAGCUAGAUUGGCCGCAAGAACAAGAACUGGCCUCUUAUUUACUGAAGCAGGUGACGCAGAUGAGGCGUUUUUCAUACCCCCUCUUCACUAGAUACAUCAUCAAUGUUGAUCUGCUAGAGGAGUUCACCUAUCUAGCGUCGGAGCAAGGCGGCUCUGUUGUAUUGGACAUUCUCCCUACAGCUACUACUCAACUCACAAGGAGAAUGGCAACUCGGGGAGUGGAUAAAGGUGCAAAAGAGGAUUUUCGCCAAGCGAUGAGGAGGCAAGUGGCACGGAGCUCGGAAAACAUCCAAGGUCUGGUACAACAAUUCUUAUUCAAUGAGAAAAAUGCAAUUCUGCAAUCUAUAUCCGGAUCCUUUUUGUAAUUAACUAAAUUGUUAUUUUAUAGAGGAAAAUAAAUUUUUAAAAAUUUAUGAAUU